AUGAAGUUUGUGGCUCGGCUGUUUGCCGAGGAUAAUAAUCUGGAGCCGAAGAGGGCUAGAAUGGAUAUCCAACCGGCAUUAAGUUUUUCGGACGAGGAUAAGAUUGGAACCAUGCAGCUCCACGAUGAUGCUUUGGUGGUCAUGCUUAGGAUUGGUGGGUAUGAUGUGAAGAGGGUGAUGGUGGACCAAGGCAGUGGUGCCGAAAUUAUGUACCCCGACUUAUACAAGGGGCUGAAUUUGAGACACGAGGACUUGACGGCCUACAAUUCUCCUUUGGUGAGUUUUGAUGGGAAGGUAGUCAUUCCAAGGGGUCAGAUAAAACUACCUGUGCAAGUUGGUUCAGAAGUGGUGGAGGUAGACUUCAUCGUGGUGAAUGCCUAUUCCCCCUACACGACCAUUGUAGCCAGACCUUGGCUUCAUGCCCUGGGAGUUGUCUCUUCUACUCUGCACCAGAAGGUGAAAUAUCUGUCGGGGGGUCACAUUGAAGAAAUCGUGGGGAGUUAA